AUGAAUACCAUCAAGCAAUCUUUUCGCUCCCUCUCCAAACGGAUUGGCACCGUUUUAGAAAUUAAUGAUACGCCGCAGACUAUACUUCCCUUCCCAUCCCAAUACAGUCUUUCAUCGAAAUCUUGGCCCCCUCAUGAGCUUCUUGCACUAAUGCUCCUUCAGUUCCUUGCUCUGGUCUUCCUUUGGAAUUUCCUGGGAAGCGUUGGCGAUUAUUACGGGCGGCAAAGUUCUUUCCAUAAAAAUCGGCAUCACGGCAGACAAUGGCUUGACAACAUUUGCCGGCGGCUGGGAAUGUCUUGUCCUUCCGGCCGGGUAUCUAUUCAGCACCUUUUUAGGCGCAUUUAUGCUAUUUUGCUCUUUUUCCGAGUAUUUGAGCUUUAUCUUUGUCUCUGUUGGCGGGAUAUUUUCCUCUGGAUUUCUCCUCUUCUUUUCGGACGAUAUUCCGACUUUUCUUCUUUCCUUGCUUUCUCUUUCUGGCUUUAUACUGGCCUUGAAAUUUUACAAAGAAAAAUUGAUCGUAUUUUGGGUUUCUUUUGCAGGAAUGGCGUGCUGCUUUAUCGCAUCGAGCUCGAUCUUGUCUUCGCUUAUUAUUUAUCAGAAUCCAAUCACGGAUGGCUAUAG